UAUAUACUAAGAUUACAGUAAAAAGCUAAUAAAAAUGAUUAAUACGUAAAUUUAACGAAAUUUCGUUUGGCAUCUUGUUUACUUUCCGACAUGUGUUCAUUCAAAGUGGUCGUGUCGAUCGUUAUAAGUACAUUACUGCUGACGUCAGCAUGUUCCAGUAAUUUCCCGCCAAAUUUCAAAUUUGGUGCAGCGACCUCCUCCUAUCAGAUAGAAGGAGCUUGGGAUGAAGAUGGUAAAGGUGAAAACAUUUGGGACACCUUCGUUCACGAACAGCCUUGGCGGAUCGAAGGCAACGCGACCGGUGACGUCACCACGGACUCCUACCACAAGUGGAGAGAGGACGUGAGGAUCGCUUCGGAGAUGGGACUGCAUUUCUAUAGAUUCUCCCUAAGUUGGACUCGUCUCUUCCCAACGGGAUUCACAAAUGAGAUAAACGAGGCCGGUGUUAAAUACUACAGUGACCUGAUAGACCAUCUCCUUGAAGUUGGGAUCGAACCAGUGGUGACUCUGUACCAUUGGGAUUUACCUGUCAAGAUGCAGGGUAUGGGCGGCUGGACAAACCCCCUCAUAGCAGACUGGUUCGCGGAUUACUCCAGAAAAGUGUUCGAAUUAUACGCAGAUCGAGUUAAAACUUGGCUAACUAUAAACGAGCCAUCAAUAUUAUGUGAUAUUGGGUAUAUGACUGGGACAUUUGCUCCUGGGAUUAUGGAGGACCAGUUUGCACCUUAUAUUUGUACCAAAAACAUACUUCUAGCUCAUGCGAAAGCUUAUAGGAUAUUCGAUCAGGAGUUUAGACAAAUCAAUGGAGGUCGCAUAUCAAUUCCAAAUCAGGCGCCAUGGUACGAGCCGCUAACACAAGACGAUGAGGAGGUCGCUGAAAUGGCUAUGGAACUUGCGGCAGGUAGAUUCUGUCAUCCGAUCUUUUCUAAGGAUGGUGGAUGGCCACCAAAACUAGAAAAACUAAUGUGGAAGAUCAGUCUCAUGGAGGGACAUAGACGAUCUAGAUUACCUGAGCUUACAGAAGAAGAGAAAAAAUUGAUAAGAGGAACGGCAGAUUUCUUCGGUCUAAACUACUAUACCUCUCGUGCGAUACGACAAGCGAAGCCGGGUGAGAAGAUAGGACAGUGGUUCCUUGAGGGAUCGCCAGAACUGAAUGCGGUGAUGGAAGUUCCAGCUGAUGGUUAUUAUAGCUCUUCACCUCUUGUAUAUAUAUAUCCUGAAGGCCUACGCAAACUGUUGAGCUGGAUUAAACAGACAUACGGAGACUGGGAGAUCUUCAUCACAGAACAUGGCUACCCCUCCACUGGGCUGGAGCUCAAUGACUAUAAUAGGAUCGUUGCUAUUGGAGAACACUUGGAACAGGUCCAACGGUCCAUAAAGGAUGAUGGUGUGAAUGUUACUGGUUAUACGCUCUGGUCCCUGCUGGAUAAUUUCGAGUGGGCAAGUGGUUUCUCCCAGCGGUUUGGUCUUUACCAAGUUGACAUGGAUGAUCCAGAACUCAAAAGGAUACCUCGAUUGUCCUCCAAGUACUACACAUGUGUGAUUAAACACAACACAUUUGAUGUACCAAGUAACUGCUUCGACCAAUCAGAAAGCGCGAUUCGUGCUACGAGGCAAUCCUUAUCGAAUUUACCAAUCCCUAACAUGGGGGAAAGCGUUAGUUUUUUCAAGGAAGUGUAUGAGAAUAGACGAUGCAUUGUAAAAGUUAUGAAAUUGGGGGCAAAGAUGAUGGCAUUAGUUGGCGCGAAUAAUUAGGUGUCUAUGUUUUUUUACCCUACAUCAUUUUGGAGGUUAUCUCUCUAUGAUCAAAUUAAAAGACAGUUUAUAUUUAUUAUGUAAAUAAUUAUCGUUAUGGUUUGCUGAUGUAAAGUUGGAAUGAAUAUAAUUAAAUAUAAUGUAAAUUAUAAUUAUUUAUUGAUAUCAGAA